AUGUUGUGUUAUGAAUUCUUCACUCAUGGAGGUGAUUCUUUGUCUUAUUAGGAAGGAAGAUUGCAAGAAGUCAUUGAAAACCUUCUCUCCUUGGAGAAGCAGACACGGACGGCGUCUGACAUGGUCUCCACCUCCAGAAUCUUAGUUGCCAUAGUGAAAAUGUGUUACGAAGCUAAAGACUGGGAUGCUCUUAAUGAAAAUAUUAUUCUUCUAUCAAAGAGAAGAAGUCAGUUAAAACAGGCAGUUGCUAAAAUGGUCCAGCAGUGCUGCACCUACGUGGAAGACAUCACAGACUUACCAGUCAAACUGCGCCUAAUCGACACGUUGCGAAUGGUCACGGAAGGAAAAAUCUACGUGGAGAUCGAGCGCGCUCGCCUGACCAAGACACUCGCCACGAUAAAGGAGCAGAAUGGAGAGGUGAAGGAAGCUGCCUCCAUCCUGCAGGAGCUGCAGGUGGAAACCUAUGGUUCAAUGGAAAAGAAAGAACGUGUAGAAUUUAUCCUGGAGCAGAUGAGACUCUGCCUAGCUGUAAAAGAUUAUAUUCGGACUCAGAUUAUCAGCAAAAAAAUUAAUACAAAAUUUUUUCAAGAAGAAAACACAGAAAAACUAAAGUUGAAAUACUACAACUUAAUGAUCCAGCUGGAUCAGCAUGAGGGCUCCUACCUCUCCAUCUGCAAGCACUACAGAGCCAUUUAUGACACUCCCUGCAUCCAGGCUGAAAGUGAAAAGUGGCAGCAGGUAAAAAAAACAAUUGUUCUCUACGUUAUCCUUUCACCUUACGACAAUGAACAAUCUGAUUUGGUGCACAGAAUUAGUAGUGACAAAAAGCUAGAAGAAAUCCCCAAGUAUAAAGACCUCCUAAAACUAUUUACCACCAUGGAGCUGAUGCGGUGGAGUGCCCUAGUUGAGGAAUAUGGGAAGGAGUUGAGAGAAGGAUCCCUUGACAGUCCUGCCACAGAUGUUUUUGGCUGUACAGAGGAAGGUGAAAAGAGAUGGAAAGAUUUAAAGAACAGAGUUGUGGAACAUAAUAUUAGAAUAAUGGCUAAAUAUUAUACCAGAAUUACAAUGAAGAGAAUGGCACAGCUCCUGGAUCUGUCUGUUGAUGAGUCAGAGGAGUUCCUGUCUAACCUGGUAGUCAAUAAGACCAUCUUUGCUAAAGUAGACAGGCUGGCAGGAAUUAUCAAUUUCCAGAGGCCUAAGGACCCAAACAACAUCCUCAAUGACUGGUCUCACAAGCUCAACUCCCUCAUGGCCCUAGUUAACAAAACCACACAUCUCAUUGCCAAAGAAGAGAUGAUCCAUAACCUGCAGUAAGGUGCCUCAAUAAUCUCAGUGCUUUUAAAGAAGGCAUUAAAUCUUCAUAAUAGAGACUAUUAUUACAGUGUGUAUAUGGUUUGUUUUCUCCCUGUCAAGCCUUCCUGGUCUAAAAUUUAGAACAUAAUUCUGAAAUUCAUGUUGACAUUAAGUUCCCUUGAUUAUUCAUUCAGUUGUUAAAUGUUUUUUGCUACAAUUGGUGAAAGAACAUAAUAAAACUGUAUUGCCUGUA